UAUUUUUGUAUUGGUGUUAGUAGAUGAACAUUUUUUCUAUAUUUCCAAGGAAAAAUUUAGUUUUUAGUAACAUCAAAAGUUUGCUUAAAGCUAGGACGUGCUUUCAACGAAUUCAAGUUGUAAAUAUGGGUUUGCUGACUGAAGGUAGCCCUCUUUCAUGGGAAGAAACAAAGGCGUUGGCAGAACACGUGCGUCAACACGGAAUAGAACAAUUUAUUAACUUAUACAGUAAACUGCGAGAACGGACUGGAGAUGUUUUAAAAUGGGGAGAUGAGGUUGAAUACAUAAUAGUAAAAUUUGAUGAUGAAAAUGAACGUGCUACUGUCAGUUUGAGAGCUGAUGAUCUGUUACCAAAACUGCAAGAAAAGGAGCAUGCAGAUCCACAGAAUGUUAAAUCAUUAUGGCGUCCUGAGUAUGGAGCAUACAUGAUCGAAGGCACUCCGGGAAAACCUUAUGGUGGCUUAUUAGCUCAUUUUAAUAUUGUAGAAGCAAAUAUGCAAUAUCGUAGAGCUGAAGCCAGUACACUGUUAAAUAAUGGAGAAGUGAUAAUGAGUAUCACAAAUUUCCCAAGAUUAGGUUGCCCAAACUUUACAAGUCCACCAUUUACCCCCAACCCAAAGACUGGAGUAACUCUAUCCCAUUACUUCCCUGAUGAAGCAAUUUUUCCGGGACAUCCUCGUUUUAAAACAUUAACAUCGAAUAUAAGAGAGCGAAGAGGGGAAAAAGUAGCUAUUAACAUACCAAUUUUUAAGGAUUUAAAUACUAAAAUACCAGUGGACAACUCUCAUGUCCUGGAGCCAGGGAUAGCUUUACCGGACUGUGUGUACAUGGAUGCCAUGGGCUUCGGCAUGGGCUGCUGCUGCCUGCAGCUCACAUUCCAGGCUUGCUGCAUCACUGAAGCACGGACAUUGUAUGAUCAGCUUGCACCGCUAUGUCCUAUCAUGUUGGCACUGUCCGCGGCAUCUCCGAUAUACCGCGGCUUCCUGACCGACGUCGACUGCCGCUGGAACGUAAUCUCGGCCUCAGUGGACUGUCGCACGCGCGAGGAGCGCGGCAUUGAACCACUCAAGACCAAUAAGUUCCGCAUACAGAAGUCCAGAUACGAUUCCAUUGAUUCGUAUCUAUCACCGGAUCAUGAAAAAUAUAACGACAUUCCGAUAGUGCACGACGCUGCGAUAUACCGGCGGCUGCGCGAGGGUGGCAUCGACCACCCGCUGGCUCUGCACGUCGCACACCUCUUCAUCCGCGACACCGUCUCUCUCUUCUCGGAGAAGAUUAAUCAGGAUGACAAGAAUGACACCGAUCAUUUUGAAAACAUCCAGUCGACGAACUGGCAGACGAUGCGUUUCAAGCCGCCGCCGCCCAACUCGUCUAUCGGGUGGCGCGUGGAGUUCCGACCGUGCGAGGCGCAGCUCACCGACUUCGAGAACGCCGCCUACGUCUGCUUCGUGGUGCUGCUCACGCGCGUCAUACUCUCCUACAGACUCAACUUUGUCAUGCCCAUCAGCAAGGUGGACGAGAACAUGCAGCGCGCACAGCGACGCGGCGCCUGCCUGUCGGAGCGGUUCUGGUGGCGCCGCGACGUGGGCGCGCCCGCAGCGCCCGGCCUCACGCCGCACGCGCCCGACGCCAGCGACCAGUACGCUGAGAUGUCUAUUGACGAAAUCGUCAAUGGCAAGGAGGGCAUAUUCCCCGGGCUGAUCCCGCUGAUCGAGUCGUACCUGUCGGGCAUGGACGUGGACGCGGACACGCACUGCUCCGUGCAGCAGUACCUCAAGCUGAUCCAGCGACGUGCACACGGCGACAUCGCCACUAUGGCCGCUUGGAUGCGCCACUUCGUCACCUCGCACCCGCAAUACAAUAAAGACUCAGUAGUGUCAGAGAAGAUAAAUUACGACCUCCUGAAGACAGCGCACGGCAUCCAGACGGGCAAGAUCCCCGCGCCCUCGCUGCUAGGCACCAGCAACGUCUCCAAGACCAACGAAGACAUUCCUAAGGCGUUCAGCAAAAUGAUGAGCAAGGACUGCCCCUAGCCGGCGCUCUAGUGCCUCCCACUGCAGUGCAAUCAACAAGUACUUGUUACAACAUACUAGUGCACGAUAACAUGACGCCUGUCCUAUGACGUCACUACAGGGUUAUGUACGCUGUACAAAAAAGUUAAGUAAUGUUACCUCAGAUGAACGAAAAACGUGUAAAUGUGAAUUUACAGAAGGCUAAAAUAUCAAAUACUUGUUUUAUGUUUUUAAACGAUUUUGGUGCCAUAAGUUGCCCGUCAGAUACUAGUUGCUUUUUAACUCUUGAAAUAAUGCAUUAAUGCUCGAUAAACAAAGAGUUAAAUGAUGAAAGUUUUUACAUCGUAUUCCACAUGGGUCUCAUGUUAUUGUGCACACGUAGCAUUUAUCGUUGCCUUUUAUAGUUUAUACCUGACAAUUAUAUAAGUAGUUCCGAUGUUCAGCUUGAAGCGGUUAAAACGUAGAGUAUACUUAGAAAAAUAAA